AUGAAUAGGAUCGAUGGGCUUCGACGCAAACAAUUCGGUAAAAUCUAUCAGAUCGAUCGGUCUUAUGACGUACCAAAGAACAUAUUCAAAAUACAAACCUAUGGAAUCAGGAGGGCAGACCACGCCGCAUGUCCUAGUUCGGAGUGCUUGAGGCAGGAGCUCGGUGAAUUUUUGGCACACCGAAUACACAGAUCGGUUCUAAUUGACAGCGUGGAGACCCUUGCGUAUGACAAAAAAAUGAUAGUGUUGUUCAAGUACAUGAACAUAGAAGGUGUGGACAUUUACCUGAGGACAACAGGAAUGAGAAAUGUUUGGUAUGCAGACAAGAAACUGCAACACAAUGAAAAUCCUGUUUAGGCACAGUGUACCAAAAACAUUGUUGAUAAACAAUCUAUAAACUUUGAAAUAUGCGAUCGCGGUGUGAAGCCAACACUACUACCAUCUGUACAUGUUAAAUGCAGCAAAUAUUGCAAUUUUUACGUUAAGAGCAUAGAACGACAUGUGCAAUUAUCCGUUCGGCAGAAUAAUCCGAGGUUUGUUGCCACCACGCUUUACUCAGAGAUUAAUCUGGUUGCAUGGUUUCAGAUCGAACCGGCUGUGAGUGAUAUGUAACAUUUAGAUGGGGCUAGGUUGUAAUGAGACUUAAAACCUCGCAGAACAGCAUUUAAUGUACAAUUAUUGACCUAAUUGUAGUGUUAGGUGCUGGCCACGUAACCACGAGGGCACUUGCUCAGUCAUUUGCAACGAUCGCAUUGAGUGCAUGUACCAAUACAUCAAACGGAACUGAACAACUGCUGCGCUUUGCCCUGAUUUAUGGUACACAACACGAUUAAACGAAUUUGCCUGGUAUGCUUCUGUGCUCAAGGCACCGCGUGCAAUUGCGGUUAACGAAUCUAUCGCGCGCUGUCUAGGUUGAUAAUUCGGUGAUUAUUCAAAUUUAAGCAUUUGUUCACGCACCAAGGUUCGGUCACUAAUUAUUACGUUAGGGUUAUGGUUGCGUUGAAACCACGCAACUGUGCAUUGCCUUUAUUUCUCGCUAUAGAGCGGAUCGUAAAGCAGUUCUUUCUUCGGCAGCCGUGACGAUAAGGGAUGUAACAUCUCAGCAGCUGUGUUAUGGUACUCUUAAAACUUGUGGCAUACAUAAUCAGAUUUCCUGCGCUGUGUACAGAAAUUGUUAAUGGUGCAGGCUUUUCUCCGAGCUUAUGGUAUAUUGGCCACUCCUAUAACGUAUUUUCACCUUUUUCGCUCUCCUUUUUAUCCAGCUGAUAAAGGAAACGCCAAACGUGGUUAUGUCAAUACGGGGUAGUUUAUAAUAAGACUGCUGCUCAAUGCCGUCAGAAGGGGCUACCAGCAUUUUAGUCAUUGCUUUGUCAUAAGGAGCAGAUGCGAAAGACGGUUGGUGGUUUAACAAAUUAACUUUCACCAAAUCUGAAAAAUCAUUUGUUUGCACGUGUUUAAAAACAGGAUAGGGCAGAAACCGUAUGAGACGAUCAGUUUAUUUGAAUUUCUUCAAUUUUUUGAAAAAAAUACGACGCAACUUAGUAAGAGCUAAGAUAUCCAUGAUAAGGAAGGAAGCGUAUAGGAACGGAUUGUUGGUUGUUCGUUGAGAAAAUAAACUAAG